CUCAGGCACCACCAUGCAUUUAAAGGUGUUGAGGGAAAGCUAAGAGAAUGAAGGCUCUAAGUCCCCAGUGGAAGCAUGAUAUGGCGAUGCAGCGCUGGUGCUGAAUUGUUCUCUCUGAUGGCUCUAUGGGAGUGGAUAGCCCUGAGUCUUCAUUGCUGGGUUUUAGCAGUUGCUGCUGUUUCGGAUCAGCAUGCCACAAGCCCCUUCGACUGGCUCCUCUCUGAUAAGGGACCCUUCCAUCGCUCACAGGAAUACACAGAUUUUGUGGACAGAAGUCGACAGGGAUUUAGCACAAGAUACAAGAUUUACAGAGAGUUUGGCCGCUGGAAAGUAAACAACCUUGCUGUUGAGAGAAGAAAUUUCCUUGGCUCACCACUGCCGCUUGCUCCUGAAUUCUUCCGUAACAUAAGGCUCCUAGGACGCCGCCCAACGCUUCAGCAGAUCACAGAAAACCUUAUCAAGAAAUAUGGGACGCACUUCCUACUAUCAGCUACCUUGGGAGGAGAGGAGUCACUCACAAUUUUUGUGGACAAAAGGAAGCUGAGCAAGAGGUCAGAAGGCAGCGAUCCCAGCACCAACAGCUCCUCGGUGACCCUGGAGACCCUGCAUCAGCUGGCAGCAUCUUACUUCAUCGACCGAGACAGCACCCUCCGCAGGCUCCACCACAUCCAGAUUGCCUCCACGGCCAUAAAGGUAACAGAAACGCGGACUGGUCCUCUCGGCUGCAGUAACUAUGACAACCUAGAUUCUGUCAGUUCUGUUCUGGUUCAGAGUCCUGAAAAUAAGAUUCAGUUGCAAGGUCUUCAGGUCAUCCUGCCCGAGUAUCUGCAAGAGCAUUUUGUACAGGCAGCUCUGAGCUACAUCGCCUGCAACUCGGAAGGGGAGUUCAUCUGCAAGGACAAUGACUGCUGGUGUCAGUGUGGGCCCAAAUUCCCGGAGUGCAACUGUCCCUACAUGGACAUUCAAGCCAUGGAAGAAAAUCUGCUUCGCAUAAGUGAGAUCUGGAAUGCAUACAACAGUGAAUUUGAAGAAUCCGAUGAAUUCAAAUUGUUUAUGAAGAGGCUGCCCAUGAACUAUUUCCUCAACACAUCCACUGUAAUGCAUUUGUGGACAAUGGAUUCCAACUUCCAGCGUCGCUACGAGCAACUAGAAAACAGCAUGAAGCUGCUCUUCCUCAAGGCGCAGAAGAUUGUCCACAAGCUCUUUGGCCUCAGCAAGAGAUGCCAUAAACAGCCGCUCAUCCGCAUGCCAAGGCAGAGGUCGUCAAACUACUGGCUAAACCGCAUCCAGUCCUUCCUCUACUGCAAUGAGAACGGCCUGCUGGGAAGCUUUUCCGAAGAGACUCACACGUGCACCUGCCCCAACGACCAGGUCGCCUGCCACAGCUUCCUCCCCUGCACGGUGGGGGACGGUGCGGCAUGCCUGAGCUGCGCCCCCGACAACCGCACCCGCUGUGGCAGCUGCAACGCCGGCUACAUGCUCAGCCAAGGGCUUUGCAAGCCCGAGGUGGCCGAGUCGACCGAGCACUACAUCGGGUUUGAGACUGACCUUCAGGACCUGGAGAUGAAGUACUUGUUGCAGAAGACAGACCGCAGGAUCGAGGUCCACGCCAUUUUCAUCAGCAAUGACAUGCGCCUCAAUAGCUGGUUUGAUCCUUCCUGGCGCAAGCGGAUGCUCCUUACUCUUAAGAGUAACAAGUACAAGUCUAGCCUGGUCCAUAUGAUAUUGGGCCUCUCUCUCCAAAUUUGCCUAACUAAAAACAGCACCUUAGAGCCUGUUCUCGCUGUUUAUGUCAACCCUUUUGGGGGCAGCCACUCUGAGAGCUGGUUUAUGCCUGUGAAUGAAAAUAAUUUCCCAGACUGGGAGCGGACUAAGCUGGACUUACCCCUUCAGUGUUAUAACUGGACGCUGACUCUGGGCAACAAGUGGAAGACGUUUUUUGAAACAGUACACAUCUACUUGAGGAGUCGAAUUAAGUCAAAUGGUCCAAACGGCAAUGAAAGCAUCUACUAUGAACCCCUGGAAUUUAUUGAUCCCUCGCGAAAUCUGGGCUACAUGAAAAUCAAUAACAUCCAAGUGUUUGGCUACAGCAUGCACUUCGACCCCGAAGCAAUUCGAGACUUGAUUUUGCAGCUGGACUACCCCUACACUCAGGGAUCACAGGACUCGGCACUUUUGCAGCUAUUAGAGAUACGGGAUCGUGUAAAUAAACUCUCUCCACCUGGCCAACGUCGUCUAGACCUCUUCUCUUGCUUGCUCCGUCAUAGACUCAAGCUGUCUACCAGUGAAGUGGUGAGGAUUCAAUCUGCUUUGCAGGCCUAUAAUGCCAAAUUGCCAAACACAGUGGAUUAUGACACAACCAAAUUAUGUAGUUAACCAUAAAUGUGAAGCACAACACAAAACCUUGAAGGAGUUUUUACAGUGCUUUUGUGGAACAGUUUAUGUUUGGAAGAGUAAAUUUAAAUUGUCUUUUCAAUAUCUGUCUUAUAUCAGUCAAUACUGUUGGAUGGCAAUUUACACCCAUGAACUUGCUGACAAUGAAUAUAUUAUACCUGCAGUUUGG